AUGAUCCACGUACAAGGCGAUGAAGUUGAGUUGAAAUUAAGUGCCGAGUAUACCUUGAAACCAUUUCGACCCAAGAUAUCGUCUGGUCUGUUCGUCAGGCAGAAACGCACUCAUUGGAACCUGACCCUCGAACUCAUGUCGAUUUAUCCAAGGGAAUAUUCUCAGUCGCCUGAACGUAUUUCUAGUCACCAUGUGUCUUUCGUACGACUCAGUGGCGACUUAUUCGAACUGCUACCAGCAAGUGGAAGUGCUUGGGUUAUGUCAGGAUUUAUGCAUCAAAUGCACUCAAUCACCAAUCUAUCGAGCACGACUACUUUCGAUAGACAGGAACUGACGUUUUGGAUGGUGCCAGACGUGGCCGCCAACAACACGCACCGAGCCUUUAGUCCAGAUAUCUCAGUGGCAAGUGCUCGCGGCCUGUAUCAUAUAUGGCUGUUCAGUUGCGUCGUUUCUCCGUCGACAACGUUUUCGAGACCAGAAUUUAUCUGUUACUGUUUCAAUAUGCGUGUCCCUGGGUAUAUUGGUAGGGAAGUGCACUGGGGCAAGUCUCGACUAUAUCAUGCUGGUUCAUGUAUCGUGGUCAACAUGCGUGUCGAUGCUUGCAAGUGUGGUAUGCCUUCAUAUCCAGCCUAG